AUGGCCACACUCAAGGCGGCGGCUGAGGCUGUUGAGGCUGUUGAAGCUGCUGAGGCUCAGAGCGAUAAACCAUCCCACCGGUCGCAUGAUCCGGCCAAGAACCUGAAGCGAAGCGAUCCAUUCCAGUUCGGUAGCCGCUAUCUGGAGGCCGGAGACGACGUCUUCGAGUUCAAUGCCUGGGACCACGUUGAGACUGACGAUGCGUACAAACUGUAUGCUGAGGGCCAGUUAGAAAAGCAGCGUCAGUCUCCAGUCUCCGAUUUUGAUAAGACCAGAUUUAAUUCCAACCCGGCCAUGUGGUGGAACAAAUUCUACAAAAACAAUACCGCGAAUUUCUUCAAGGACCGCAAGUGGCUACAACAAGAGUUUCCCAUCUUGGCUGAAGUGACCAAGGAGGAUGCUGGACCGCAACUCAUACUUGAGAUUGGCGCAGGUGCGGGUAAUACCGCUUUCCCAGUCCUGGCCAAUAAUAAGAACCCACUCUUGAAGAUCCAUGCCUGCGACUUUUCUAAGCAAGCCGUAGAAGUUAUGCGCAAAAGCGAAUCCUAUGAUCCCAAGCACAUCCAAGCUGAUGUCUGGGACGUUGCUGGAGAGACCCUCCCACCCGACCUCGAAGAGGGUACUGUAGAUCUGGCCAUUAUGAUUUUCGUAUUUUCCGCAUUGUCUCCCCGCGAAUGGGCACAGGCAGUACGGAAUGUUUAUAGAGUUUUGAAGCCUGGAGGUUUGGUCUGCUUCCGAGAUUAUGGAAGAGGGGAUCUUGCUCAAGUCCGCUUUCGAAAGGGGCGUUACCUGGAAGAAAACUUUUACAUCCGCGGAGACGGUACACGCGUGUACUUUUUUGACCAAGAUGAACUUGCAAGCAUCUGGUCUGGACCGGACGCUGAGGAAAACUCCGAAGAGCCCGGCGUCCCACGAUUUACGAUUGAGAAACUCGGCGUUGACCGGAGACUGCUCGUGAAUAGAGCUGAGAAGAUUAAGAUGUACCGCUGCUGGCUGCAGGGGCGCUUUAGAAAGAAAUAG